GAAAAACAAGAUGCUGAAUCUCCAAAGGGUGUGUACGGAGGAAGAACUGAAGAUGUGGACAACAGUUCCGUUAUUUUUUGGCAUUUUUACGUCAGAAAAUAUCAAAAACACUUGGUAAAUAACUUAAUAUUUUCUUUAAGUGAUAAUAUAAUGAUUUCUAAUUUAUUUUUAUGUACGAUUUCUUCAAAUAUUAGGGGUGAAAUCCAAGCGAUUUCAACAAACAAAGCACGAAACGAAAAUGCAAAUCCUUUUUCAAGAGCAAAGGUUAGACAUAAAGUCGAUAUGAAGGGUACAUUGAUUAAAACGCCAAGUAAAUUCGAAGUAAUUUACGGAGAAGUUUCUGGGGGACUUGCUAAUUUUGGAAUACCUGCAUCCUGUCCAAAAAAACAGUAUGUUGACAAGGUGAAGUUAAUGAUCAUGUUGCGAGAUAGUCUCAAUCAGUUCUUCAAAGAUAAUCGUCAUGUAAAGGAUAAACAACGUAAAGAAUUAACUGUGUACGGAUGGUUACAAAUCGGAAUCGAGUUAAAAAUAUACGCAAUGGAUUGGGUUGGCUCUGGAAUUUAUAGAUUUGGUAAAUUAGACAAAUGCUUGUUACUAGUCGAUAAAGAUGACUCAACAAUAUUGGAAGAUGCUUACUGUAUUUUAAAAUUACUGGAGUCAAAAUUACUCGAAUCGGAAAAAAUAAUUAAAAGAAUAAUACAAGAUAAUACGAAAAACAAAAGAAGACGUAUCGAAACAGAAAACAGUCCUCAUUUAAACAAGAACUGA